CCCUCGUUCCCAACUGUCAUUCCUUUCUUUCAAACGCUCUCUCAAGGCAGCUCUCAAGGGUGCACACUGAACUCGGCCGCCCAGCACUAGUAAGCUUCUCCAUUCACCGCCGCCCAACAUGACCCGCCUCACGAAAAUGGCUCGCAAAACGCACGAAGAGGCUUCCGAAUUCGUCGCCAAACCCCUUCUCCCAGUCAAGGCCGACCCGUCCUCCACCCCAACUCCCUCCUCCACCACAACCACCGACAAGUCCAACAAACGAAAGGCAACAGACGAUGCCUCAGCACCAAAACCUGCCACCGCUGCCGAGGGGACGGAGGGCGGUAAAGCGUCAGAGGCGGAACCGGAGCAGAAGAAAAAGAAAAUGAGGCACAGGAAGAAGGAAGCUGGGGCAGGCGACGACGCCGCUGUGGCGGGUGCAGGGAAGGGAGGCAACACCGCUGGGAGGAAAACGGGUGGAGCUGGGCCGGGUGGACGGGAAUUGUCGAAACAGGAAAAAGAGGCGCUGAGGAGACGCACGAGGAGGGAGAGGAAUAAGGAGAAGAAAAUGGUAUGCUUCCUGUGCCGUAACUUGGGCCAUUCGAUAAACUCGUGCCCCAAGGCCACGGAGACGGAAAAAAAUGCGCCCAUCGCUAGCGACGGCGCCGUGGUGGGGAUAUGCUACAAGUGCGGGUCUGGCGAGCACAAAUCGUCGCAGUGCAGGAAGUUGGUGGAUCCAAAAAACCCAUACCCGUUCGCCCACUGUUUCGUCUGCAACAAGAACGGACACCUAGCCAGCGCAUGUUCCGAAAACGAGCGCGGACUCUACCCUAACGGCGGCGGGUGCAAGUUCUGUGGGUCCGUGCGCCAUUUCGCCCGGGACUGCAAGCCGGCCUUGCAAGAAGCAGGUGUAACAACAGUUGGCAAGAUCGACCUCCGCCAAGGCGGCGACGACGACGACGUCUUUGUCGCGCUGCACCGGAUGGACGAGGACAAGACCCAACGCCGAGCAGCAGCGGCGGCUGCAAAGACACAGGUCUCUGCGACGCAUAUCGCCCACCUUAACUCGAAAUCGGAUCUACCGCCCCAGCGGCCCGCUGCUGUUGCUCCUACUGCUGCUGCUGUGCCGAAUAAGGCAAGGCCGGCGAAGAAGAAGGUUGUUAAGUUUUAGGGAGGGGUUAGAUAGGUUGUGUUCGGGUAGAGAGGAGUCAUUUGGCCAUUCACGUAUAACCCUUCCGACUCCGGGGGUUCCUGAUAGACAUAGGCCCUAAAUCAUUCAUGUAGCAUGUCUUUUAAUUUAAGCAUUUCCCGAGAUUUCUU